AUCUACUAGCUUUUAAUCUGGUUCUGUCCACGAGACCUGAUCGUCAUUCGGUCACCUCUAUACAUCUCCCGUUCGUUGAAAUCCUCAUAAUCAUCAGCUAUGAAUAACAGUAACUACUCACUUCUCUCACGACGGAGCUCCAACUCCAGCACUCACCGUUUUGGGCGACUGCCUUGCUUCGGCAACAUUCACUUGAAGCGUUUCCCAAGCACGCGCACCUUGGAUUCACAUGCCCUGGCUGAGUAUCAUGGUGAGCUCGAUGCUCUAUCUCAAGAUUGGGAAACGCGCGUAUUUGAGUACUGGGAGAUGUACUGGGACAGAAUGAGCUCCGUUCAGGGGAGCAUGGGUCAGGAGGAGCCUCUAGAGUAUGUCAACUGUUCAUCCUCCGCACAAGCUGGGUCGCUGCAUCCAUCGAAGUCACUCAAAGACUACCUUCGAGGGCUCGCGACACUCAACAAGCAUAUACAACAAUACUACAAGCAACAAGAGUUAAAACGGCACCAGACCAAGGCAAUCAACACUAAGCAGAAGAUCGAUAAGAAGUAUCGCAGUCAACUUGGAAUGAGGAUUCACGAGACCACCAUCGAAGAUUUUCCAACUAAUCUCGACGAGAUGACGUGCUACUGGGAUCCAUGGUACGUCACGGAACCUGAGCCUCGGCCAUACAUGAGACCCAAAAUCGGAGGCAACUACAUCGUCAAUGAGUAUUACUCAUCUGACCAUAAGCUACGAUUAAGAAAGGUCUACCAGAAGGACGGGGAGGCUACGGUGACCUCAUGUCUUCGACCAGAUGAGUUUGAUAAACUCGACGUUACAACGCUGUAUAUUUACGACCCCAAUCGCCAACCUGACGAAGGCUUCAGCUCAUGGACGGAGAGAGAUGACGAAGAUGAAAAAGAGGAAACUAAGGUUUGAAAUCCAUGGAAGAGCAAGCGUGAGCGGAUAGAAGAUAGACUAUAGAGCCAACUGCUUCACCAUGCA